GUUGCGCUCUCUAUCUCUCCCUUUAUCAUUCCCAUUUACUCACCUAGAAUCAUGUCUUUAGAAGUGAAGGAGAAGACGGAGGUGCGCUUGGUUUUCCUUGGCGCAGCCGGUGUGGGCAAGACCGCUCUCAUCCAGCGGUUUCUGAAGGACACGUUCGAGCCCAAGCAUCGCCGCACCGUGGAAGAACUUCACCGGAAAGUCUACGAAGUGGGCGGAAUCAAAGUCACCAUAAACAUCAUGGACACGAGUGGCAGCUACUCCUUCCCGGCCAUGCGUAAACUCUCCAUCCAAAACAGCGACGCGUUCGCUCUGGUCUACGCCGUGGAUGACCCGUCCUCCCUGGAAGCGGUGAAACAGCUGCGAGAAGAGAUUUUAGAAGUCAAAGAAGAUAAAUUCACGCCUAUUGUGGUGAUAGGGAACAAAAUAGACAGGCAGAACGAGAGGCAGGUGUCCAGCGAAGAUGUCCUGUCCACGGUGGAGUUGGACUGGAACCACAGCUUUUUGGAGUCGUCCGCCAAAGACAACGUCAAUGUUUUGGAGGCGUUCAGGGAGCUGCUCCAACAAGCCAACUUGCCCAGUAGACUGAGCCCCGCGCUGGCCAGGAGACGAGAAACUUUCCCCAAAGACAGCAGCAAGCAUCCGCCUAUGAACAAGACCAACAGUUGUCAAAUAUCAUGAACGACCAGCAAAAGACUGACACAUGUUUUUUUUUUUUUUUUGUACAGCAUUGGUUUGCAUAGACAAUUUAGAUGCAAAACCCUCUGAAACGUUGUUAUAAAAUGUGUUACAGCUGCAGCAGUAUACUAGACCGGCUUUUAAUAUGCUAUUUAUGUCAUAUUUCAAGCUUGUAUUAUUACAGUGUUGAUAAAAGUGCAAUAUCUGUGUUUUUUUAUGCAAAGUGAAAGCAAGUUAUAAGUGGCUUUUGUCCAUAAUCUAAUAAAAUAUAGGUCAUUAUAACUGUAUUACACAAAAGGACACUCUAUAAAUGAUGACUGCAUAUUAAAAAAGUGUAAAGGCCAUUUACUGUUACUCUGUAUUUCAACUACGUCAAAGAAUAAAUUAUUUUUUUAGUAA